UCGAGUAUGGUCAGAUCAGGUCCAGUAGUCCACUUUGUAGAUAAGCACCAAUUUGCUUCUUCUUCUUCUGCUGCUGCCGCAACUUAUUUAAUGUUUGUGAUGCCUACCAUUGCCUACUACCUAUAUUACACCGUAUGCUUUACCAUGGUGCAAGUGUGGAAUGAAUUAUGUUAAUUGGGUGAAGUUAGCCGUCAGCGUUCAUAUUGCACAUGUAGAACACUGCGGAAAAAUAAUGAAGCACAAAUAAAAAAAAAAAAAGUCUCGGGGGGAGAGAGAGAGAUAUACCUAUAUUGGUGGCCACUCUCGGUUCAGUUGCAGACUUAAUUUUACAUCCAUCCUCGUUAGAGUUUUGUGACAAUUUAUAUAAAGACUACAUAAUCGUUACUAUACUCAGUGCAGCAUCAAUAUCCUACAACGUGACAUUCAUAGGUUUUCAGGAGGAUGUCUGGAAAGUUUUGGAGAGAGGCUGCUAGUCUCAUCAUAGUUGGUCGUAACGGAGUAUCCAAUAAGGUUAGCAGUAUAAAACAAGAUUAUCAACUGUUGUUCUUGAAGCGAAGCAAUAAAAGUUCUUUUAUGCCAGGAGCAUUUGUUUUUCCAGGUGGUGCAACUGAUGCCUCUGAUUUUGUACUUGACUGGCUUGAUGUUUUCAAGAAUUGUGGUCACACGAAGGAAGACCUUGUUAGACAAUUUCG